GCUGGUUUGUCAACAGCCAUGAAACAGUAACGAAGAAGAAGAAGAAGAAGAAGAAGACGUAUUCACGCAACUGUAAGUGUCAACAAUGCUAAAGAUGGACUCUAAUGAAGACGUGUCGUUAUUCGAUGCUGAAGAGGAAUCUGCAAAAAAUACACGCAAGUCAAAAAUCAAACAUCCCGUGGCUUCGUUCUUCCACCUGUUCUUCCGUUUCGGAGCGAUCCUGGUCUAUCUUCUGUGUGAGUUGAUCAGCAGCAGCUUCAUCGCCUGUAUGGUCUCCAUCAUCCUCCUCCUGUCAUGUGACUUCUGGACUGUUAAAAACAUCACAGGUCGGUUGUUGGUGGGUCUACGCUGGUGGAACCAGGUUGAUGAAGAUGGAAACAGUCACUGGGUGUUUGAGUCUAGAAAGAUGAGUGGGAAUGAGCGCUCGACGUCUUUGCCGUCUGAUGCAGAAUCUCGGAUCUUCUGGUUUGGUCUGAUCAUCUGUCCUGUGCUGUGGAUCAUCUUCACCUUCAGCACACUCUUCUCCUUCAGGAUAAAAUGGCUGGCUGUGGUGUUAAUGGGCGUGAUUCUGCAGUGUGCUAAUCUCUAUGGUUACGUUCGGUGCAAAGUUGGAACCAGCAGCAAUCUAAAGAACCUGGCUACAAACUACCUGGGAAAUCAGCUCCUCAGACAGGCUGUGAGUAAACAGGACAUAUCCUGAAACAGCGCUGCAGAAUCUCACUGUGUGAAGGAUUUACUGGUGUUUACAGAAGGAUUUAGUGAAGCUGACGGAACUGUUACUGCACUGUAGUAUUACACACACACACACACACACACACACACACACACACACACACUCCCGUCAUUACAUUAUCAAUUUUUAUCAUCAGCUAAGGUUUAUUUAUUGACUGUAACUUUAUUAUAUGAAGAUUCUGUAACGUAAUUUAUUUUACUUUUUAUCACGAGACACAAGUCAGAUAUUUAGUUUAUUCUCUUUAUUUAAAAUCUGUACAACAAAAAAUCUGAAAAUAAAUUUUAAUAUACUUCA